CUCCGGAGGAUCUCUCACUCAGGAGCUGCAAUCGGAAGGUCCGUCCGUCCGUCCCUCCAUCCCUCCAUCUGGGUCCGAGCGCAGCGCAGCGCAGGGAUGAAGAGGCCGUGCGAGGAGGAGAGCUCGUCGGACAGCGACGGGGACGGAGCCAUAGACGUGGGCAGAGAGAGCCUCUACUGCGGGAGUUCAGUCAUCAGGUCCAGUUCACCGACAACAACAUCACAAGUUAUGGCCAGAAAAAAACGAAGAGGGAUCAUUGAGAAAAGGCGGAGAGAUCGAAUCAAUAACAGUUUGUCGGAACUCCGUCGCCUGGUGCCCACCGCCUUUGAGAAGCAGGGAUCCGCCAAGCUGGAGAAGGCGGAAAUCCUUCAGAUGACGGUGGACCACCUGAAGAUGCUCCAGGUGACGGGAGGCAAAGGGUACUUUGACGCGCACGCCCUCGCUAUGGACUUCAUGAGCAUCGGCUUCCGGGAGUGCCUGACGGAAGUGGCCCGGUACCUGAGCUCCGUGGAGGGCCUGGACACGAGCGACCCCCUUCGCGUGCGCCUCGUCUCCCACCUCAGCACGUGCGCCUCCCAGCGGGAGGCGGCCGCCAUGACGUCUUCCGUGGCGCACCACCCGCACGCGUUGCACCCGCACCAGUGGGCCGCAGCCUUCCACCCGCUGCCGCCGGCCUUCCUGCAGCAAAACGGACUUCCCGCCCCGGAGAGCGCCACCGGACGGCUGACCGAUGCCCCCGUGCGGGGCUCCGCCCUCCUCGCCGCCUUCCCGUCCCCCGUGGACCCCGCACUCCGGACGCCCUCUGCUGGCAGCGUGGCGCCCUGCAUGCCUCCGCUCUCCACCUCCCUGCUGUCCCUUUCCGCAACAGUUCACGCCGCGGCGGCAGCCGCCGCCGCCGCCCAGACUUUCCCGCUCUCCUUCCCAGGUGGCUUCCCCGUGUUCGCCCCGAGCGUGACGGCCGGAGCUGCGGCCCCGUCGGACGCUAGCCCCUCGCCGUCGACCACGUCGGGCUCCCAGCCGAGCAGCGGCAGCAGCAGCAGUAGCACCAGCAGCAGCGGCAAACCCUACCGGCCGUGGGGCACGGAAGUGGGAGCGUUCUGAAGUCCUCCAUCUUCAGGAGGUCUCGUGCAGCUGGGAGUCUUCCACACCUUCUGGACUUGGAAAAGAAAAGACGUUUUGCUCUUUGUUCGAAACCCUCUCACUGUGUCCCUGGGCCUUUUUCCCACCAGGCUCAGUUCGCGAUCAAAAACCAUCUGGACGUUUCCACGGGAUGGGCGACGGCAAACGCCGUUUUACACGGCGUGCAUCGCAUGUUCUAAGUUUCACGUUUUAAGGUCCGGUAAACGGAACGCACCUGUCGUGUUGGAUCUUUUCGUGUUUCUCGUCAUGUUAUUUUCAAUGUCUUUGUCUGAAAGGUUAGGGGUUCACUCCUCGCAUCCGACCGGCCCUAGAGCAUCUCCCCCGUGUAUCCACGAAUGCACACAACCUCGCACCUGGAAUUAUUUUCCAUGUUCUCCACUCUUUAGUUGUAGGUGGUCAGCAGUGUCAACGUUCAUCCAUGACGAAAUAGAAAUGUAUCCCAUGAUGCCACUUUUUUUUUUUUUUUUUUUUUUUAGCUGUAGCAAAGAGGUCUGUAACCAUUGUGCUGAGCAGGAUAUUGUGUUAACCUGGAUCAAAAGCUGGUGCUGGGCCACACCCAACAGGCAAUAUGGGACAAAAAGGGCAGCUAGUGCCUAUCUUCGUAAGGGCAUUGCUUUGCAACCUGAUGGUUAUGGGUUCAUGUCACGCGACUGGGCCCUUUUACAUUACCCUUGAGAAAAGCCCAAACUCACACGCUCAACUAGCAAUAUGGGGCUGUUUUACGUAUGCAAUGGGUAAAAUUUCAAGUUUUUUGGGGGCUUAAAAAAGCAUCGGUUAAGAAGCGGAGAAGAAAUAAAAUGUCUGGAUUUCGUAGAGAAUCAGAAAUGAACCUCGGAAUCCAAACCAAAGGUUAGCGAAAUAAUCGGACAAAUUAUGAGAAAAUAGUGUUUUAAUCCACAGACUAACAUCUAAUCUGUACAUAGAUACAUGUAUGAGAUUAUAAACUAGAAUUUAUAUUAAAGAUGGAAUUUUUUUUUUUUUUUUUUUUUAAAUGAGGGUGAUGCACUUCAUUCCUUUCUUUCGUAAGGAAGGUCGUAAAAGCCUCUUGGAGAGGAGCGCACGUGAAAGAAGCAGGAAAAGAACAAAUGAAGAACUGCACUCCUUGACAGAAGAGUGAGGGAAUUCUGCUGUAGCCCGUUCCGCGUUCCUCUUCCUCACUUCGUGCUGUAUACUGUAACACUUUUCUAUGCAAACGGAAGCCCUGCCGAUGUUAAAGAUUGAGAAGCAGCGCUCAUUUUUCGGGGCUAUGCCACCAGGAUCCUCGCUCGUGCCUCCAACCCAAAGGUCUCGCUGCUAACCCGACGUCUGCAAACCCAGUAAACCAACAGCUGCUUUUCCCCAUGGAAAAAUAUUUCCCUGCAAGACUACAGCGAGAGGAAUUCCACGAGACAAAGGGAGUGUUGUGGGGAAUAUCGUCAAACGAGCGCCGCAAAGAAUGCCCAUAGCCUUUUUCCACCGACGGAAAGGGUUCGAGUCGCCUCCAGAGCGUCGCACAUAGGAGGCAAAACAAGCAAACAAAUCAUUUUUUGCGGCGUCCUCGUCGCCACAGCGCCAGCACUUCUUACGCCGCUUUUGCCGGAUCCUGUGAUUAAUAGUCAUUAAUUUAGUGCGCUGAUGCAAUCAAAUCGUCACGGCGUUUGUCGCCGGUCGUUUCUUAAAUUGCUUUCUAAUUAGCUCUCGUGUCCGCCCAUUUCAGCGUGCUGAGUAAGAAAACAAGCGAUGCUUCUCGGGAAAGACGUUCAGAAUUAAAACCAACUGUCAAGGCAAUAUGAUGGAGCGAGGCCUAAAAGUAACAGCCCGUCUUUCUUUUAUUCUGGGAGUGGCGGAUGGGAUAUGGUAACCUAGAAAGUCCUCUCUGCAGCAACUGUAGGAAAAAAAUGAGCUGUAAUAAAGUAUGUUCUGUUAAGGAUGCUUUUAUAGGUUUAACAGCUAAAAAUUUUACUAUUUUUCCCCAAGAACCUUAAUUCUCUUCCACACGUCUCCCUGCGGUGUAUUAUGUCGACUUUAAAAGCUGUGAUUCUGGGAACUGAUGACUUGGGCUCUUUGCCACACACGUCAAAGACACGAAAAAGCGCGUGGAUCCUCGCCGCUACCGUUGGUUUUAGGACAGCUGCGCCCUUUUCAAAGGGGCCAAAUCGUAUGCGGGGUCCCCGGCCAGUUUUAAAACAUACUGCAAGUUUCGUUAAGCAGGCAACACAUGAAAGCGACAACAACUCCGGUCACUCCUUCCCAAGAUGGGCUUUUAUGUGGGCCUAAUCCACUCCCUUUAUCCCAGGGUCUGUUAGAAAGAUUUACAUUAGUAAAUCACUGUCACACCAUUAAAUUCCUUAAGGGAAAAAAGUAUCAGCAUUUCCAAGUGAAUGGGGAUUAGGACAAACAGCGCCUGCUGUCCGCCGACAAUCAUGGGAACAGCGCUCGGCUAUAAAUCCGCGGGUUAUCUGCCUCGCUUUGAGCGGUUCUCACGCCGGGGUCCGGCCUUUGAAGUGGCCCUCGCAAAAACGGAGCUCCACAUGACCGGUGCUUCCAGAAACAGCGAAUGCCGCUCGGUGGCAUGGAAAUGGACGCAGCCAAUGGCACGUGAUCGUCCUUUCAGGAGCCGUUAACGACACGGAUUAUUCGAGAGAAUGAAUUAAAAGCAAUUUUGGCGACAAAGAGCGGGGAGAAAAACGUUUAAGCGGUCUUCAGACACUCGGCUGCAGGCGAUGGGUUAUUCUUUAUAUUUGUCGCAUUGGGUUGCUCGCAGGCGGGUGAAUUUUCCGCGUCCUUCAGGUGUCUGAGUGCCGGAGGUGCACCGAAACCGCUCGGGAAAAUCGGUAGAGAGCCCGUGCGGCCCUGACGCGGCCAAAAUCAGCACCCUUCAGAGUCGGUUCGGCUCUCGGAGUUGAUGUAAAACUACUGCCGGCGCUGCGCGUCCUUUUCACUGUCAUUAUGAGAAUGUGGUGGCACGUGUUCGUGGAG